UUCAAAUUGCGAAUUUUUUUUCAUUCAUCAUUAUUGAUUCAAAUCAAAUCAAAAAAACAUCCAAAAAUGGAACAACAAAAUGAAAAUGAAUCACCUAUUCGUAAUCUAAUGCCAUUAGAUGAAAGUAUAAUGAAAAGUAAAAAAUGUGUUGAAUUAAUGGUUGAUAAUCGUUAUAUGGAUGCUGUUGAAUUAUCAUCACAAUUAUCUGAUUGUUCACUUUAUCAUUCACAUUGUCAUUCAAUGUUAUUAUUUUUUAAAGUUUAUAUGUCAUUAGAAUUGCCGGAAGUAAAAAAAGCUGAAGAAGCAUCACAAAAAACAAUAAAACUUUGUGAAGAGAUACGUUCAUUAACAUUACGUGAUAAUUUUUUUGUUAAAAUGUUUUUCGAUCAUGAUUAUAAUCAAUUUAGUGAUGAGGAAUUACAUGCAGAAUUGAUUCGUGCCGAACAAACUGUAUUUGCAACAUUGAUGGAAUUUUUUGUUGAUCAAAGUAUAUUUGUUUUAAUGAAAGUAUCAUAUCGUUUACGUUCAGUUUAUAUGAUGUUUAAAUCAUUUGCAAAAAUAUUGGAUACAAAAGAAUGGUCAAGUGAAACAUCAGCUAGUACAUUUAAUACCGGUGUUAAACUUGGUCUUGGUAUCUAUAAUCUAAUGUUUUCAAUGGUACCUGAACGUUUAAUGUCAAUAUUAUCGAUGGUUGGAUUUAAAGGUUCAAAAUAUGAAGGUUUAGCAUUGUUAAGAGAAGCUGGUUCGGCAAAUGAUAUACGAUCAUUUGUUGCACAAAUGAUGGUUUCAUUAUAUGAAUGUUAUUUAGAUCAAAUGUGGAAUGUACGUUCAACAAGUACAAUUAAUACUGUUAAUUAUAUUCAACUUGGAUUGAAAACAAAUUCAUUGUCAAUAUGGUAUUCAUUAUUCAAGGGAAGAAUAUCUCUUAUCGAACAUAAUCUUGAACAAGCCAUUAAAGAUUUUGAAGGUUGUGUAAAGCUAAAAAAUUGUAUAGAUAUUAAACAAUUAACAACAUUAUAUCAUUGGGAAUUGAUGUGGUGUUAUGCCCUUGAUGGUGAUUGGAAAAAAGCAAUACAAUGUAGCCAUGAUUUACGUAAUAUGUGUGUUUGGUCACAAUCAACAUUGUUGUAUUUGGAAGCAAGUUUCCGUAUUAUGUAUCUUGAAACAAAAUUAUUAGAAGAUCAGCCACCGAAACCAUUUCAAAGGCAACAAAAUGGUAAAGGUAAACGAAAACAAAAACAAGUUCAACAACAACAAUCAUCGACAAAUGAUGAAACGAUCCAACAGCAACGAGAUAAAAUACAUGAUCUGUUGACGCAAGUACCUGAAAAAGUUAAACGUUAUGCUGGCCGUCGAUUACCAAUGGAAAAAUUUGCCUGUGAAAAAGUUAUCAAAUAUCAACAGGAAGGUCGACUUACAUGUCCAGCAUAUGAAUUAUUUAUCACAUGGAAUCAUUUGACAUUUAUUGAUAGUCAAGAAAAAUAUCUAUUGCCCAUUAUUAAUCAUGUGGAUAAAUAUUUGAAAAAAUUUUCAUCCGAUUUAAGUGAUGAAAGCUAUUUUCUACUCAUGUUAAUCAAAGGUGCCAGUUUUAGAUUAUUGAAUCGUUUGGAUGAUGCUAAAACAUGUCUAAUGGAAAUAGUAAAAAAUAAAAAAACUAUCAAACAUGAUCGACAUCUAUAUUCAUUUGCAUGUUUAGAAUUGGGUAUUGUAUUAAUGGGACAGGAAAUGUUUGAUGAAUGUCAACAAAGGUUAUUGGAAGCUCGACAAUCAAUAAAAAAAGAAGAUCCAAUGGAAUUAUUUGUACAAUUUCGUGUAGGAAAAGCAUUACGUAUGAUGAGACGUUUACGUGAUGAAUCAUCAUCAUCAAUUUCCGAUAAUAAUAAAAUUUCUAGCCAAAAAAUAACUAAUAAUGGUAAUAAUGUUGAUGGUAAUCAUUGUAAUGGUAUUCAACAGGAAAUGGCAGUUACCGUUAAUGGUAAUUGAAAAAAACGAACAAACAAACAAAAAAUAUUCUGUAUGAAUUAUUAUUAUUAUUAAUAUAAAUAUAAACCCGAUCAAACCA